AUGUACGGUACAGUAUGCCGCCCACAUCAAUCUCUACCACUUUCUCUCUCUAAAUCCGCCAUCACCGCCGUCUCUCCUAUAUCUCCGUCCAACAACGGCGAACCAGCCAAAACCGUCGCUGCCACUUCUCCGCCGGCGUCCUUCACCCGUCACCCACCUGCAGGACCCGCCAGCCGCGACCAUCAACCGCCAACGUCGCUGCACAGCGACCGGCGAACUACCAGCCAACGCCGCCUCCACCGGAGAAGCGGGCAACCGCCGCCGCUAAUCCAUGCAGCCGCCAUCUCAGUCGCCGUCUCCGGUGCAAUCACUAGCCGUGAUUCAGCCUCUCUUCCCUUUCACCGGUCACAUCCUUGCCCGAAUUGA